GCACUUCCGGGUUGGCUCUGCGGGGUUUUGUUGUCCCUCCGCCCGCAGAGCUGUUCUCUGGACCCGAGGCCUGUUUACGGAAGCUCGGCCCUCGGCUGUAGUUUCCACCCGGACCACACACACCCACGACCGGCUCGUCGGAACCGAGGCGGCGGCGGAGAGAGGCAGCGGGGCCGCGGGGAGCAGCUGCCCGGGGAUCGGUGAGGCUGGGCCGGGGCUGAGAACCAGGAGGAGACUCCCUCCCCACGGUGGAUCUGUUGUAACCUCACAAGCCUCCACACUACCAGGGGACUUCUUCAGGGAAACUUCUGCAGAGCCACCGGGAGACUGCGAGUAUGUGGUCGGAGCCACGGUUGUUGUAGGAUGAGGAGCCCGGCGCACCGCACCAGGGACAUCGAGCGCCAAGCUGGCUACCUGAGGCCCGAGCACUGUGCCCCUCCCCCGCUCCGCAACAGCUCCGACACCAUGUGGUUCAUCCGCGACGGCUGCGGCAUCGUGUGCGGCGUCAUCACCUGGCUCCUGAUCUUCUACGCCGAGUUCGUGGUGGGCUUCGUGAUGCUGCUGCCCGCCAAGAACAUGAUCUACAGCUUCUUCAACGGGGUGGUCUUCAGCAGCCUGGCCUUCCUCGCCCUCGCCUCUCACGCCAAGGCCAUGUGCACAGACCCGGGAGCCGUGCCUAAAGGAAACGCUACCAAAGAAUUCAUCGAGAGCCUGCAGCUCAAACCGGGCCAGGUGGUGUACAAGUGUCCCAAGUGCUGCAGCAUCAAGCCGGACCGAGCUCAUCACUGCAGUGUGUGUAAACGCUGCAUCAAGAAGAUGGACCACCACUGUCCCUGGGUGAACAACUGUGUCGGAGAGAGCAACCAGAAAUACUUUGUGCUCUUCACAAUGUACAUUUCACUAAUAUCCCUCCAUGCACUCAUCCUGGUGGCUUUUCAUUUUGUGCUCUGCUUUGAAGAAGACUGGACAAAGUGCAGCAACUUCUCUCCACCAGCGACGGUCAUCCUCCUCAUCCUCCUCUGCUUUGAAGCUCUCCUCUUUUUGAUCUUCACUGCCGUCAUGUUUGGGACUCAGGUUCACUCCAUCUGCAGCGAUGAGACGGGUAUCGAGCAGCUGAAGAAGGAGGAGAGACGAUGGGCCAAAAAGUCGAGAUGGAUGAAUCUGAAGGUGGUGUUUGGCCAUCCCUUCUCCGUGGCCUGGCUGAGCCCGUUUUCUAAACCCGACCACGGCAAGGCGGACGUUUACCAGUACAUAGUGUGAACACCGGAAACAAAGCUGAGCUCUGCUGCUGUGGAAUAAGACUGAUCGGUCCCGGGUCUCACGUCCUGUCGGCCGGACCUGAACGAGCAUGAACUCCUUUCAACCACAUACACAUUUUCUUUCAUUUAUUGAAAUUUCAGGGUAUUCUAGUGUUGUUGUUUUUUUAUAUUGUCACCUUCUUUACAUUUGACAGUUCCCCUCUUGGUGCUGACUGAGAUUAAUGACGUGUAGCUCAACAAAACCGACUGAGCAACUUGAAAAGGAGCACUUACUAAGAGUUGGUGACACAGAGAGAGUUCCGCCUUCUCCCGAGUCCAUGUUCCUGCAUCAUUUCCUGCUUCCAAUACUAAACAAUGGGAACUGAAGUGCAGGAGGUUGUUGUUUUUUUGCACGGAACAGAACUGUCCAGGAGUUUUUUUUUCUUUUUCCACCAUCUCUGUGAUCCUGUCCUGUUUCUUUCUGUAUUUCUCUUGAUGCAAUAGUAUUUAGCUGGUUGCUGCGGAUCAUGUUGCCUUAGAACAGUGCAUUAGUGAACGGUGGCAUCUAUUGUUUUUAACAGAAAUGUUAUUUUUUGCCUUAAUGUGAAGGUCAGGGGGAGACACCAGUUCAUAUUGUUUUAAAUCCAGAGGUUAGAACAAAUCACACGUAAGAGCAAUAGGAGUACGUUUUUAGUGCUGUCAGAAGAAGUAGAGAAGCAUUAGUCUCACAGUGGCCAGUUAAAGUCUUAAUCCUUUAAGAUUUUAGUCCUGGCUGAUUUGGCGUUUAUUUACAUUGCAACCAAACAAACUUGUGCUGCUUUAAUUAAGAAGUGGGUCAAUAGUUAGUACAUUUUACAUGAUCAUCAGCAAAUUAGAUCUGAUUCAUGCUGCACAAGUAGUUUACAACCAGAGACAUUUUAUAAAGAUGAACGUCGAGUAUCCGCUUCCACCAGGUAUCCAGAAAUUAUAUAUAUAUUAAUUUGAUUUGUGUCCCACCCACAAACAUGGAAAAGGGACAAGUGUCUUACUCAGUCAGUGCUGCUUGCUUGUCAGUGCCAACUCCUUGCGACAAAUCAACUGUUUCCUUUGAUUCCUUCCCAGUGAAAGCGGGUGAGUGUUUUGCAAGUUGAGUGCUUUUAGUGUGAAGAGUAAAUGUAAAGAGUGUCAGGAAACACAGCACAGGUUUUAAAUUAAUUUGCAGAAAUGAGUCGAAAGAAAAUAGAAGUUGACACAUUUCCUUCCACAUUGGUUCUAAGAGACAGUUGGUGUCUAUUUGCAGAAGAAUGAGAUGAUGCAAGUGAAGGAGAUCCGAUCGGAUGUUUCAAUCUGCAGCAGUUUUCUUUGUCUCUGUAGUGGACGUAUACAUUGAAUGUUUCGUGAUUUCUUUUGUUACACUAAGUCUUUUUUCCGUUGAACUUUGUCUCAUUUAGUUUUUAUCGUUACACAAUCUUUUCCACAUCAGCCAAGCGUAAAAACAUUUAAAAAUAGCUGUUUGUUGUAAAAAAAAAAAUAGUAUUGAUUCGUUUCAGGACAAUCUUUAGGAUUACAACUUCAAAAUCAGAGACAUUGCAGGUGAAGACAAUUGUUUAGACUCUAAGGAAACACAUGGGACGCUCUGUGUUAAACUACCAUCAGGCAGUUUGAUCAUCAUCCCAGUCACCAGCUUAGAUGGAAAAGUCAGGGAAUAAAAAAAGAGUUGCUCUCUGAAUGCACUGUAGUUUAAUUGACACUCGCUCAUUUGACAGAAUUAGUUUAUGGAUAAUCCAGUUUGUCGUAGAUGGUAGAUGUGAGCCUGACUGGAGGCAGCAGUGAAGCCUGACAGGGUGACAGUGUGAUACAAAUUUGGGCGAGUGGAAACCGUUUGCCUGAAAGAAUAAGUCUAGAAAUGCCCGUUUUACUUCACCCAGUGUGACGAGGAGAAUUCCACCCGGACAGGAAAUGCCCCACUUCCGAACAUUUCCACAAAAACAAACAAAAAGGCCUUUGCCCAGAUGUGUCUGAACGCCUUACUUAUUACUGCAUCAUUUUUUUAUAGAUGAGCAGAAUCCAGAGAACAUUAACCUACGUGUUGCCAAAUUGAAUCCCCUUGAUCAACGGAGGCAGUGUAGUGACCAUUUCAAGUGUAGAGCAUGCAUUGUCAGGACUGACGUUUUCUUAGAUUUUUUAAAAAUCACUUGGAGUUUUUUAAUCGAUGUCAAAACGUUGCUUCACGGUGCACAGACACAGUCAACCAGCGUUCUUCUUUUUCUUCGACUUUCUGUGUGGUCGGGUUUGAAUUACCGAAGACCACGUUCGUUUUUCUUUGUUAAUUUUGACUGUGGUAUGUUUAAAUGGGAAUGAAAUAAAA